AUGAUGUUUAAAGGAUACAAUAUGUUGAAUUUAUACUGUACUAUAGUAUUAUUAUUUUUUUAUUGUAAUCAUUCGAUUUCAGCUCUAUCAUGUUACGAAUGUUCAUCGACAUUUCCGGCAAGUAGUAUUUGUUUACCAGCAUGUUCUCAAACAUUUCAAGUGGGUAGCACAUGUCUACUUACACGCAAUAUUUCAUUAGAUCCUAGCGAUUUUGGAUCACUUCGUGCUGGACAUAUUGGUAACGAAUCUAUUAUUUCAAAUGCAGCAGAAAAACAUUUUGUUUUUGGCGAAGAAGCUGUAUAUCAAAAUCCAUCUCAAGCUGUAGGUUGGGAUUGGGAAUAUGGACCAAUUACAUAUGGAUGUGAUACUAAUGGUUGCAAUAAUCCAGAAAAUGUUAAUCGUUUACCUAAUGCAUUAAAUAUACGUAUACCAAAUGCGACACUUAAUCGAUUACUUACUGGUGAACUUGAUAAUAGUUGUUAUCUAUGCAAUACAUGUCUUGAUACAGAUGUUACUGGUACAGAUAUGUCUGCCUGUUCAGUAACACCUUGUCCUAAUCAUGCAUGUAAUUUUGUUGCCACACGAAAUUCUACAACUAGUUUAGGACAAUGUAGUAGUGGAUGGCAUUUUACUAGUGGUUGUAUUCUUUCUAGAGAACCAGCUCAAGUUGAUAUGACUCUUAUCUAUUACAUUCGUUCAAAAACUUCUUUUCUCUAUCAAAUGGCAGCUGUUUGUUUGAAUGAUAAUUGUAAUAAUUUUACGACUUUCAAACAAUUGAAAGAUGCUGUUACUGUCGAUCCUGAUCUUACUUGUUUACUUGAUAAUACUAGUUCUAGUACAACAUCUACAUCAAUUUUACCGACAAUAACAUCAUCAAGAACAAGUAGUAGUACAGUAACACAAAUAUCUACAACAACAAGUAGCAGUUCAACUGAACAAAUUUUUAUCAAUAUAAAACUUUUUAUUUUCAUAGUUUUUUUCUUUUUAUAUAAUUAA